GUGGAAGGUAGAGCAAAUUUUAAUUUUGCAGGAGAGAUUGAAAUUAUGACUCGUUAGUAUUUUUAGUUAUUUCAAAUUAAAAUAAUUUAUCCAUUUAACAUGGCGAACUACCCGUUAUUAUUUGUACUAUUCGGAUCGUUGGUAUGUGUGCACACAUCAUCGGUAAAUCAGGUGCCGGUGAUGUUUUUUUCUUGCGGUCAAACAGAUUUGGACGCUAUGGCCAAAUAUCAACAUGCAAUGAGCAAUGAAGAAUUUUUCGACUUGCUUGUAAAAUUGUCCAGUACCAAAGUGAAACUAGCUUUGUUCAGCGAGCAUUCACUUAGUCUUGAAGACUUCAGGUGGAGAGGAACUGAUGGACAAAGUGCUUUCCCAUUGCUGCAGGCGUUUGUAGAUCGUCGUUUUAUCCCUUCUGUUUUUCAGCCCAAUGAAGCUAUUCAAAAGUUAAGGGAGAACGGAUAUUUUUUUGAAGAUUUUAAGGAUGACGGUGUAUUGCCAAAUCUCGAUAAAUUGGUAAUAUCUACACAACUGGAAGAUGCCAAAUCGUCUGAUAAUCGACAAGAAAUGUUGAGUAGACACGAUUCAAAAAUAGUGCAGUCGUUUGAAAAAAUAUGUGAAAAAUAUGAAAACGUCAUUGGGUUGUUCACUGGCAAGCGGAACUCUUGGAUCGAAUCAAAUGACAUCGUCCAUCAUUUAGUAGCAAGGCAUUUGAUGGCUCUUGAUGACAGUAAUCCAUUGGUUUUGGACGGAAAAGGCAAAGCGUUAAUAUACUCGUCAAGCUAUCCGACGUUAUCAAUCAAUGACGGACCUGCUACUGAUCUCAAAGAUACAAAUACCGAGGUAAUUUUAGACGAUUCUCGUGACUCCUUGUUAAAAGUAAUCAAAUCAUUUUUGGCCAACGGAACAAAAGUUACUAUACGUUUUCGCUUUGAAAAACAAUCUUUCACUUGGGAAUUGAAAAAUAUUGAAUUUGAAGGGCUUAACAACAACGCUUUGUUGUCACCACAGAAUUCAAUUGGUGCUCUACAAGACUUAUCUUACUUCUCAGAAGGACCGGUUGUGUUCUCCAACAAUUCAGUUGUACUGAAGUUCAACGGCAAAUUCCAGGUUCAACCGUGGAUGAAUACACCAUCGUCAGGAAAAGCUAAGUUUAGCGAGCCCCAAGAUCAAGAUGCGUUCUUCACACCACCAAUUUUGGCAGGGUUAUUCGUGACUGCUUUGAUGUUGUUUAUUGUUACGUGGGGUAUCAUGAUGAUCAUGGACAUCAAAACCAUGGAUAGGUUUGACGAUCCCAAAGGCAAAACCAUCUCUAUAAAUGUCGCUGAAUAAUCAUUCAUUCCAACCAUGUUCUUUAAUUAAGUAUUUAUCUUUUGUUAAAACUUUGUUUUAGAAAUAAUAAUUUGUUCUUAACCCUUGAUUGGUCAAACUUUCAAAGGGGCCUAUUAAGGACCCCUUUCCCAAGGGGUCUAUUAGACCCCGCACAACCAACUAAGGGUUAAUUUUAAUUUUGUUUAUUUUAGUGUGAUAUUAUUUAGUAAAUAACACUGCUGUUUGUUCGUAAACCAUACUUGUAAAAUACCGAUAGAUAUAGUUUAAUUUGGUUAAUACUUAACUGUGAAUUUUUUUUUUUUCAAGUAA